AUGUCGCGUGCUUCCUCAAGCACAGCCAGCAAUGACGAUGCUCUUGAGCUUGAAGCGGCUGGCUACGUCCAAGCCAUGCCGCGCCGCUUCUCGCUCUGGUCCUUAGGCGCACUGUCAUUCACAUUGACCUGUACAUGGCUCGGAACCGGAUCUUCAAUCGGGAUCAGUUUAACUGAAGCGUCUUCAACUGGGACUUUAUGGUCGUUACCUAUCGCCGGCGUGAUGACUACCAUCGUCUCGCUGGGUAUGGCCGAGCUCGCAUCCGCGUAUCCUGUUGCUGGAGCACAGUACUAUUGGUCUUUUAUGGUUGCGCGAGAUGACUACAAACCCUUUGCAUCAUAUCUAAAUGGCUGGAUGAGUGUCAUCGGGUGGUGGCUUGCUUCAAGCUCAGUCUCCAACUUCGUCUCAUCCAUGAUCCUCGACAUCGUCGGCGCAUGGUAUCCAGACUGGGACCAAAAGCGAUGGCACCAAUAUUUGAUAUACGUAGCUCUCAUUUGGAUCGCCACAGCCGCCAAUAUCUUCACAGCGCAGUGGAUUCCUCUUUUCAACAAGAUGGUCUUCAUCCUAUCAGUCCUGACUCUCAGCGCCACGACGAUAACACUCUUCGUCGUCACGAAGGAUCACGCGUCAGCGGAAUUCAUCUUUACCGAUACUACUAACCGAACUGGCUGGUCCAGUGACGGAUUCGCAUUCAUGUUAGCGGUAGGCAAUGCCGUUUAUGCAUUUCUAGGCAGCGAUUGCGGAGCUCAUCUUUGUGAAGAGAUACCCAAUCCAGCCAAGAACGUGCCCAAGGUCAUAAUCUAUCCGUUGCUCAUGGGCUUACUAACCGCGUUUCCUUUUGCAACGUCUCUCAUGUACGCGAUCUCUGAUUUGCCAGCCGUACUCAACACGACGACUGGGUUGCCGCUGUUUGAGAUUUAUUAUCAGGGCACAGGGUCUCGACCAGCUGCCUCAGUGCUGAUGUCGCUGUUCGCCUUCUGUUUCUUCGCCAAUCUUGUGGCUAAUGCGACAACUUCGUCACGCACGCUCUGGGCCGUUUCGCGUGACGGCGCCUUGCCAUACUCACAAUUCUGGGGUCGCGUUCAUUCAAAGUUCCAAGUUCCUGUCAACGCACUCCUUCUUUCUGCUGUCUUCAUUACUCUGUACGGUCUUAUCUUCCUCGGUUCUUCAACCGCUUUUUCUGCCAUGGUUAGCGCCGCCAUCAUCUUUCUACAAACUUCCUGCGUCAUUCCCCAAGCCGUCCUCCUUUACCGAGGACGUGAUCGUGUCUUGCCAAUUCGAUACUUCAGUCUCGGCAGAUACGGCGCUGCCAUCAAUGGAAUCUCAGUCGCAUGGGUAGUAUUUCUCGAUAUUUUGUAUUGCUUCCCGACUACCAUGCCCGUCACGCCUGAGAACAUGAGCUAUGUGUCAGUCGUCUUCACUGGACUGGUAGCGUUUGUCAUAGCCCUCUGGUUCACCACCAAAAAAGGCUCCUUCACGGGGCCUCAGAUCAAUCUGGAUCUUCUGAAUGCCAGACGCAUGGCGGCUGUUCAGACUUUGGAGGGCACUCGCCCGACGGCUGAAUACCAUGCACUUCAAAAUUCAGAGGUCGUGAAGGAGGAUUAG